UUCGACAAGAGAAAGUAGAGAGGGGGUGGUUUCAAAUAGAAAGCCAUGGACUAAGCUUUACGAAGGAGAUUUCUCCUAACUGGUGCCACUCUUUUGAACUUUUGAUAUAUGGUGGCUGUUUCGUGUUUAUUGUGUAAUCGAAGGACGCACAAGUGCUCGUGGACUUGCAUUUAACCAGUUCUUUGAUGGUGCCUGGCUCCCUUCCUUUCUCUACGAUCAGCUUGAGUAAAAGUGCUAUUUUUUCCUAAAGCUUGCUUUGAUUGAUGAAUACGAAACAUGAUCAACAUACCGGAGUGCAACAUGUGUUUUUCAUACCCCAGUAGCUGAGAGGAAGUUAUUUUUUUGUUGUUAUUUUUGCCCGUACAUUCAUAUGACCAUAUACAAUGCUAUACUGUAAUACUGCUAUCAAGAUGUGAAUAACACAUUAAGAAAUAUAGUUUGCACGUUUCACGCAUCCCUCAAUUUGGUUUCAAUGUUGUUCUGUGGUUCUGAAUUGCCGUGUGACAAGGCUGGAGAUAUGACGGGUCGCUAAACUGGUGGACUUCAAAGAUUACAGAACAGUGCGUUUCGUUUUCUUAAUCCAUCCGUAAAAUCAGAGAAUCCGCUUUUCAUAUUUCAUUUUUAAACGUGAGCACUUCACUCGGACUGAAAUCAAGACAAGGCAAAACAAGUCAAGGGGAGCGGGUUUCGAAAACAAAUGCUCUUUUUUUAUAUACUAACCGACCAAGUUGUACGUUUAACUUCUGCUCAAACUAAUGCAGAUCAUCGUCUCUGAUCAUAGACCCUCGCGGCAAUCAUCCAGAGAGCUGCAUUUUUCAGCUCUGCUAGUGUGCUGCAUUUAAAAUUUUCCAGGCUGCAAGAUCGAAAAGAAAACAGAAAAGCGAUUGCUUUGUUCAUUAUCAUCUCGUGCGGGUUUUUUUAGCAGUACUUGAUGGGGUUUACAACAGCUUCGUUUAUUUUCUCUCCACGUCAAAAAGGCUGCAGUUUUCGUGGGUGAAAAUAUACACAAUAAAUUGGAGUUAACUACACGAAACUUCGCAACGCAAUGUAAAGGGAUGAUCCGCCAGGGCUGCCUUUCACCGCGGGAUCUUUAAUGUUUCUUUAGAAAUCAAUAGAAUGUUUCUGACAUCCCUCUCCGAACCAAAUCUAAAUAAAUAGGUUGCGCUUUUUCAUAUGUCUUAAAAAUAAAAUGUUUAGGAUACACAAAUUACCCCUCAUUUAAUUUAUUUAUUAAUUUUAAUUGAUUUAAUAAAUCAUAUAUUUUAUUUUAAAAUCCAGCAUAAAAAAAAAACAAAACAAAAACAAACAAACAAACAAACAAAAAAAACCCAGGAAAUCUUUGUGUCGGUUGUUGAUGGCACGACGCACUGGCUCGACUUGGUUUGGGCAGGUCUUGCGCAGAGUCUCUCGGCUGCAGGGCAACUGGUCCCGGCGAUCGAGCAGCCUCUUGUGUAUUUCCUCUUCCCAGGAACACGAACAGGGAGACGAUAAUAGGGGCCAGCAGUGUCUCCACCACACCAGCGCCCAUUGCCCGCUCCGUCAGCCCCGCCACUGCGAUUUCUACCCCCGUGGGUCCAAUCGCUUCCAGAGCCUCCCCAGCUGCUGCUGCGCGUUCUUGGAGAAUCCGAGGGGACAUGAUCCCCUCACUCACCGAUUCCUGGUGGCCAUGAAGCGGCAGAACGUGCGGACCCUGUCCCUGAUUAUCUGCACGUUCACCUAUCUCCUGGUCGGGGCGGCGGUGUUCGAUGCCCUGGAGUCCGAUUACGAAGUGAGAGAGAACGAAAAGCUGGAGACCGAGGAAAGACGUCUCCAAGGGAAAUACAACAUCAGUAAAGAGGACUAUGAGCAGCUGGAGACGAUCAUAAUGGAGGCCGAGCCUCACAGGGCUGGGGUUCAGUGGAAAUUUGCUGGCUCCUUCUACUUUGCAAUCACGGUCAUCACCACUAUAGGUUAUGGGCACGCUGCUCCUGGCACAGAUGCUGGAAAGGCCUUCUGCAUGUUCUACGCAGUGCUGGGAAUCCCCCUAACUCUGGUCAUGUUUCAGAGCCUUGGAGAACGCAUGAACACCUUCGUGAAGUGCCUCCUGAAGCGGAUCAAGAAGUGCUGCGGCAUGCGGAGUACCGACGUGUCCAUGGAGAACAUGGUGACGGUGGGCUUCUUCUCCUGCAUUGGCACCCUCUGCAUCGGGGCUGCAGCUUUCUCCCACUACGAGGACUGGAGCUUCUUCCAGUCCUACUACUACUGUUUCAUUACAUUGACUACCAUAGGCUUUGGGGAUUUUGUAGCCCUGCAGAACAAGCAAGCCCUCCAGAAGAAGCCCCUGUACGUGGCCUUCAGCUUCAUGUACAUCCUGGUGGGGCUGACAGUCAUUGGGGCCUUCCUCAACCUCGUGGUCCUGCGUUUCCUGACCAUGAACAGUGAAGACGAGAGGCGGGACGCCGAGGAGAGGGCAUCCUUGGCCGGCAACCACAACAGCAUGAUCAUCCACAUCCAGGAAGACUUGCAGCAUGGGCGGCAGCGGUACAAAGCGGAGGUGACUGAUCUCCAGUCCGUCUGCUCUUGCAUGUGCUACCGGUCCCAUGAGUUUACCAGCCGGGGGGUGCUUUCCCACCAGAACUCCUUCAGCUCACAGCUGAACCCCCAGUACUUUCACUCCGUCUCCUACAAGAUCGAGGAAAUCUCACCGGCCACCUUGAAAAAUAGCCUUUUCCCCUCUCCCAUUAGUUCAGUUUCCCCAGGUCUCCACAGCUUCGCUGACAAUCACCAGCUUAUGAAAAGGAGGAAAUCCAUUUGAGCCUUAUUAUUGUUUGUUUGUUUGUUUGAUCCCAAACCCCCAUCUCUUCUUGAACUUUUCAAUUCAAUUUUGGGGUGUGUUUCCCCAAGUGAUGUAAGGGAUAUUAAAAAAAAUAUAACAAAGUGAAACACAAGCAUGAAGCAUGCAUAAUUACUUCUCCAACAGUACAAUUUGAAAAAAUAAAAAAUGCCUUACAUUAACUGUUUUUGGUGGGUUAGGAUCAUGAAUAUUACCCAUGGUGCCAAACCAAUAGUUGCACA